CUUGGGACACACCGCUGCCCUCAGCUCCUAGUACCGGGAGAGCGUGGAGCCAGUACGGGAGGCGAAUUCUGGGUGAGCUCCAGGGCGGUGGUCGGCAAACUGGGUAUGAACCUAGAGGGCGGCGGCCGAGGUGGAGAGUUCGGCAUGAGUGCGGUGAGCUGCGGCAACGGGAAACUCCGCCAGUGGCUGAUUGACCAAAUCGACAGCGGCAAGUACCCGGGGCUUGUGUGGGAGAACGAAGAGAAGAGCAUCUUCCGUAUCCCGUGGAAGCACGCGGGCAAGCAGGACUAUAACCGCGAGGAGGACGCCGCCCUCUUCAAGGCUUGGGCUCUAUUUAAAGGAAAGUUCCGAGAAGGCAUUGAUAAACCAGACCCUCCUACCUGGAAGACACGUUUGCGAUGCGCUUUGAACAAGAGCAAUGACUUUGAGGAAUUGGUUGAGAGGAGCCAGCUGGAUAUCUCUGACCCAUACAAAGUGUACAGGAUUGUUCCUGAGGGAGCCAAAAAAGGAGCAAAGCAGCUCACCCUGGAGGACCCACAGAUGACCAUGAGCCACCCCUACCCCAUGCCGGCAUCUUAUACCCCACUCCCGGCCCAGCAGGUUCAUAACUACAUGAUGCCACCCCAUGAUAGAAGCUGGAGGGAUUAUGUCCCGGAUCAGCCUCACCCAGAAAUCCCGUAUCAGUGUCCAAUGACGUUUGGUCCCCGUAGCCAUCACUGGCAAGGCCCAGCUUGUGAAAAUGGUUGCCAGGUGACAGGAACCUUUUAUGCUUGUGCCCCACCUGAGUCCCAGGCUCCUGGAAUCCCCAUAGAGCCAAGCAUAAGGUCUGCUGAAGCCUUGGCGCUCUCAGACUGUCGACUGCAUAUCUGCCUGUACUACCGGGAAAUCCUGGUAAAGGAGCUGACCACAUCUAGCCCUGAAGGCUGCAGGAUCUCCCAUGGACACACCUACGAUGCCAGCAACCUGGACCAGGUCCUGUUCCCCUACCCAGAGGACAAUGGGCAGAGGAAGAACAUUGAGAAGCUGCUGAGCCACCUGGAGAGGGGUGUGGUCCUCUGGAUGGCUCCAGAUGGACUUUAUGCCAAAAGACUAUGCCAGAGCAGGAUCUACUGGGACGGGCCCCUGGCACUGUGUAGCGACCGGCCCAACAAACUGGAGAGAGAUCAGACCUGCAAGCUCUUUGACACGCAGCAGUUUCUGUCAGAGCUGCAAGCAUUCGCACACCAUGGCCGUCCCCUGCCAAGAUUCCAAGUGACCCUGUGCUUCGGGGAGGAGUUUCCAGACCCUCAGAGGCAAAGGAAGCUCAUCACGGCUCACGUGGAACCUCUGCUAGCCAGACAACUAUAUUAUUUUGCUCAACAAAACAGUGGACAUUUCCUAAGGGGCUACGAUUUACCAGAACACAUUAGCAGUCCAGAGGAUUACCACAGAUCUAUCCGACAUUCCUCCAUCCAAGAGUGAAAAAACUGUCAAAACAACUAAGUUUGUUUCAUGAUAAGUACCAAGCUUUGACAAGGACAGCUAAUUGACCACCCUCUUCUUCUUUUGAGCUCAUCAAGAAUAUGUACAGCAACCCAGCAGUAUCUGAUUGACAGAUGCACUUAUGCAUCUACCAGAUCAAGCAGAUUUUUCCUGUGUUUCUAUUGACUGUCAUCAUUGGCAAUAACUGUGAAAAUUACCAAGUAAUGUGUUUACAUUUACUUCAAUGCUGGGUUACUUCUUACUUGAAGACUGAGAAAACUUGUAUUUCAGCAUCGAACUACCAAUUCUUGUGAGAAAAGCACUUAAGUGCUCUAUCAUUUCUCAGGGAAAUAAAGUCUAAAUUAGAGACUA